GGCAACCUGGGGACCACCAAUAGGAUGCUCAGCCGGAGGUGGCCCUGCGCGUGACGCAGCGGUGCUCGGAGGCAGGGGGCGUAGGGGCCGGGCUGUCCGGCGCUUUAGCUUAGCAGGCGACGUUGCGGGCCCUGGGCGCCAGGAGAGCUUCCCGGAGUCGACCUUCCUGCUGGCUGCUCUGUGACCGCUUCCCGGCUCUGCCCUCUUGGCCGAAGUGCCCGCUGCCGGGCGCGGGCCUCAGACAAUACAAUGGUGGGUGAAGAGAAGAUGUCUCUAAGAAACCGGCUGUCAAAGUCCAGGGAAAAUCCUGAGGAAGAUGAAGACCAGAGAAACCCUGCAAAGGAGUCCCUAGAGACACCUAGUAAUGGUCGAAUUGACAUAAAACAGUUGAUAGCAAAGAAGAUAAAGUUGACAGCAGAAGCAGAGGAAUUGAAGCCAUUUUUUAUGAAGGAAGUUGGCAGUCACUUUGAUGAUUUUGUGACCAAUCUCAUUGAAAAGUCAGCAUCAUUAGAUAAUGGUGGGUGCGCUCUCACAACCUUUUCUGUUCUUGAAGGAGAGAAAAACAACCAUAGAGCGAAGGAUUUGAGAGCACCUCCAGAACAAGGAAAGAUUUUUAUUGCAAGGCGCUCUCUCUUAGAUGAACUGCUUGAAGUGGACCACAUCAGAACAAUAUAUCACAUGUUUAUUGCCCUCCUCAUUCUCUUUAUCCUCAGCACACUUGUAGUAGAUUACAUUGAUGAAGGAAGGCUGGUGCUUGAGUUCAGCCUCCUGUCUUAUGCUUUUGGCAAAUUUCCUACCGUUGUUUGGACCUGGUGGAUCAUGUUCCUGUCUACAUUUUCAGUUCCCUAUUUUCUGUUUCAACAUUGGGCCACUGGCUAUAGCAAGAGUUCUCAUCCGCUGAUCCGUUCUCUCUUCCAUGGCUUUCUUUUCAUGAUCUUCCAGAUUGGAGUUCUAGGUUUUGGACCAACAUAUGUUGUGUUAGCAUAUACACUGCCACCAGCUUCCCGGUUCAUCAUUAUAUUCGAGCAGAUUCGUUUUGUAAUGAAGGCCCACUCAUUUGUCAGAGAGAACGUGCCUCGGGUACUAAAUUCAGCUAAGGAGAAAUCAAGCACUGUUCCAAUACCUACAGUCAACCAGUAUUUGUACUUCUUAUUUGCUCCUACCCUUAUCUACCGUGACAGCUAUCCCAGGAAUCCCACUGUAAGAUGGGGUUAUGUCGCUAUGAAGUUUGCACAGGUCUUUGGUUGCUUUUUCUAUGUGUACUACAUCUUUGAAAGGCUUUGUGCCCCCUUGUUUCGGAAUAUCAAACAGGAGCCCUUCAGCGCUCGUGUUCUGGUCCUAUGUGUAUUUAACUCCAUCUUGCCAGGUGUGCUGAUUCUCUUCCUUACUUUUUUUGCCUUUUUGCACUGCUGGCUCAAUGCCUUUGCUGAGAUGUUACGCUUUGGUGACAGGAUGUUCUAUAAGGAUUGGUGGAACUCCACGUCAUACUCCAACUAUUAUAGAACCUGGAAUGUGGUGGUCCAUGACUGGCUAUAUUACUAUGCUUACAAGGACUUUCUCUGGUUUUUCUCCAAGAGAUUCAAAUCUGCUGCCAUGUUAGCUGUCUUUGCUGUAUCUGCUGUAGUACACGAAUAUGCCUUGGCUGUUUGCUUGAGCUUUUUCUAUCCCGUGCUCUUCGUGCUCUUCAUGUUCUUUGGAAUGGCUUUCAACUUCAUUGUCAAUGAUAGUCGGAAAAAGCCGAUUUGGAAUGUUCUGAUGUGGACUUCUCUUUUCUUGGGCAAUGGAGUCUUACUCUGCUUUUAUUCUCAAGAAUGGUAUGCACGUCAGCACUGUCCUCUGAAAAAUCCCACAUUUUUGGAUUAUGUCCGGCCACGUUCCUGGACUUGUCGUUACGUGUUUUAGAAGCUUGGACUUUGUUUCCUCCUUGUCACUGAAGAUUGGGUAGCUCCCUGAUUUGGAGCCAGCUGUUUCCAGUUGUUACUGAAGUUAUCUGUGUUAUUUGGACCACUCCAGGCUUUACAGAUGACUCACUCCAUUCCUAGGUCACUUGAAGCCAAACUGUUGGAAGUUCACUGGAGUCUUGUACACUUAAGCAGAGCAGAACUUUUUUUGUGGGGCUGGGUAGGGGGAGAAGGCCGACUAACAGCUGAAGUAAUGACAGAUUGUUGCUGGGUCAUAUCAGCUUUAUCCCUUGGUAAUUAUAUCUGUUUUGUUUCUUGACUCCGUCCAAUCAGAGAAUAAACAUCAUAGUUUCUUGGCCACUGAAUUAGCCAAAACACUUAGGAAGAAAUCACUUAAAUACCUCUGGCUUAGAAAUUUUUUCAUGCACACUGUUGGAAUGUAUGCUAAUUGAACAUGCAAUUGGGGAAGAAAAAAUGUAGAAUGAUUUUUGCUAUUUCUAGUAGAAAGAAAAUGUCUGUUUUCCAAAGAUAAUGUUAUACAUCCUAUUUUGUAAUUUUUUUGAAAAAAGUUCAAUGUUCAGUUUUCCUUAGUUUUUACCUUGUUUUCUCUAUAGGUCAUGAUUUCUGUGAAGCAAAAAGAUGCCUUUUACCAUGAAUUCUUGAGUUUACAUCAAUAAUAUUGUAUAUUAAGGGGAUCAGAAGUAGGAAGGAAAAAAUAAGAGAUAGCAGAGGAAAAAGAAAAACAUUUCCUCUUAUAACUUCUGAAGUAAUUUGUAAAAAAGAUUUGUAGAGUCAAUCAUGUGUUUAAAUUAUUUUAUCACAAACUUAACAUGGAAGAUAUUCCUUUUUAACUUUAUGGUAACUUCUUUGAAGUUAUUUAGAAAUAUCCUUUGGAACAAUUAUUUUAUUGUCUAAUAAAUAUUGACUUCUCUUGAA